GAGUUUCAACUAUUUUAAAGUACAAUGAACGAUCUAAUAAAUUUUCUUUUGGAAAUUUCAUAGCUGAUCUUUGCCGAAACGAUUUAAUUUUAUGAUAAUCGCAAUUUUGACAAGUAGAUUCUGAUUAAAUCACAUUUCCAAUAGGACAAAACUAAACCAAAAAAUAUAAAAGAAAACGUGAUGUUGAAAUGUGGAAGUUAUUAUACCGUUUCAAAAACAGCUGAUAUUUUCGAUUAGUAAUGUGGAGCAAAUUCAGAAGAAAGACAGAAUAUUAUCAUAAAAUAUUAUAUCAAUGUUAUUAUGCGCCCUGAAACUAAAUAUUUGGGAAUAUCAAAUCCUGAAAUGGCCCGAAGUCUUUGCGACGUUUGCCGACCAUGUUUCGAGAGCAUUUGCGGCGAACAGAAUGAUGAGGAUCGAGGACUUUUGAUAUCGGAGGAAGUUGAAGACGUUUCUCAAAUUCCUCAAUUUGUUUCAAAAUUUUACACUCCUUUAAAAACUGGAUCGAUCAUUGAAGUGCGAGGAUAUUUACCAGAAGAUAGUGAAAGGUUUGCAAUAAACUUGUGUUCGGGCGAAGCAGGUGAGGACAUCGCGUUUCAUUUCAAUCCGCGCCUAUCGCAAAACUACGUGGCUCGCAACUCGAGGCGCACCGGCGAGUGGGGCCAGGAAGAAUCCGCAUCGGCCCUUCCGUUCACGAUAAGACGAGGCGCAGAGUUUGUCAUCACCAUAUUCGUUGCUAAAGAUGAUUAUCUAGUUGCUGUCAACGGCGAACAUUUUUGUGGUUUCGCGUUUAGGGCACCUCUUAAAAUAACCAAAUUAGUGCGUGUAACUGGAGAUGUACGAGAUAUUCGAGUCCAGCAAAGAUCGUCGGACUAUUAUCCGGAAGUUUUGCCUGAUAUAUUGGACGUACAAAGCCAAUGUGAAAAUGAAAACGAACUCCAAACAUCAAACAAAGAAAACUUGCCAGUACCGUAUUUGGCCAGUAUUCCAACUGAGUUCCUAGCAGGGAAGCAGCUACAAAUACGAGGGCGAUUAAAGAUUCUGCCACAUUCAUUUUUCAUAAAUAUUCAAAGUACAGCUUAUAUCUACCCACACCCACAGAUUCUUCUGCAUAUCAACCCAAGAUUCGGUGAAGUGGGUGGCGUACAUACAAUUAUCAGAAAUUCGUGGCUAAAUGGUUCUUGGGGCGUCGAGGAAAGAUCGCCAGUUAAAAAUUUUUGCCCUGGGAAGUAUUUCGAAAUGGGAAUUAAAGCUGAUCUUGGCUUCUAUACAAUAACAGUGAAUGGCAUAAUUGUAGCUGAAUUUCGCUCAAGAGUUAGUUGCACACUUGCAAAAUAUUUAUAUAUUCAAGGCGAUGUGGAAAUUUAUUCCGUUUGCUUGAAUAAACCUGUUGUUCCCUAUAGUAACACAUCAAUGUCUGAAAUUCCAGACGAUGACGACUAAAAACUUUGUUCCUUGUAUAUUCUAAUGCACUGUCCAUAUUGUAAAUAUUGAUGUUUGUAUAUAUAGUACUUUUAUAAUACUAAACUUUUUGUAUACUUGUAUAUAACUAAAGAAUCAUAUGUAGAAUAGAGAAAAUUAUAUGCUCAUGUUAAUAGAUAUUUUAAAUAUAUAAAAUGUUAAUUGUUAUGUUACUGUGUCAAUUAUUGAUUAAGAAUAGUCAAUUGUAUUUAUACAUAACAAAGCUGAUCUAUAAUUUCAAACUAAUAACAUGAGAACACUGCAUUUGUAUCUGGAAACCUUAAUGCAUAAGCAAGAACUGAAUGGUUUCAUAGCACUUCACAACUGCAUAUACCAAAUUAUUCCCAUUCUAUUUCCCGUGACAUGAAAUAUUUGGAUUCGAUUGGUAAUGUCCAGUUUUCAUUCAAAUUAUUUGUCACUCUAGUCGCUAUACCCAUGAUACUUUAACAAUAUAUUGACCAUAAUAAUGUUAAAUAAAUAAAAAUAUCCUAUAAAUGAAAAACUAUAAUAUGAAAUAUUUGAUUGAAAUUGUAUAGAAAAAGACUAAUAAAACCUUCUGAACAUAAGAAUAUGUAGCCAUACAAAUGUAAUAAAUAUAAAUUUAAAUACUUUAAUAAAAA